CCAUCCCUGAACUACCACAGCAGUGCAAUUUUGGCAGCAGCACUUGACACCCUCACGGUUCCCUACCGGCUCUGGUCGUCCCAGGGCUCCAUGGUGCACUUUGCUGACUCCCUCACCUUCUCUGGGAGGAAGGUUGUGGCUGCGUGGGCGUCUCUCCCCUUCCCUGCCUUUCCCGGCUCCUCGCUCCCAGAGAUUUUAAGUGCCCACCAGCAGGACGUGCCCUGGAAGCUCCUCCUGCCCUCCUGGAGGGAGCAAAAGGUCAGCUGCUGUUUUGCUCAGUCUGUUGUGCUCCGAGGAGUUUGCAAAGAAAGGCCCAGCAGCAGCUCCCUGGGACAGCAGCCCCGGGCGCCCCUGCAGGGCUGUGAGAGCCCCGAGGAGAUGCUCCAGCUCUACCUCCACACCCACUUCCCAGGCUCCUUCAGCACAGCCCACGUGCUCCAGCAGCCCUGCGACACCCGACCUCCCUUCCCCCAGUUCUUCUCCCCUCUCCUGACCAGACAAGGCUUCCUCCAGGACAAAGCUCUGGGUCACUCCUCGGCAGGGCCCAGCAGAGGUGUGCAGAGCAUCCCCGUGCUGGCAGCCCUGCAGGCCUCCCCUGUCCUGCACCAGCUGCUCUCGGGCCUCUGGCGGGACCUGCGGGCGCGGAACGUGCGGCGCUGGAGCAGCUUCUUCACGGCCGGGGUGGAACAGGACGACUUCCAGCAGGCCCUGGAGGAGCUCAAGACUCUGUCCCAGUGCUAUGAAACGGGCUUUGGGGGGGAUGGCUCCGAGGAUGAGGCGGAUUCAGACUGACCCACCUUUAUUCCCAGGGAUAGAGGGAGUGGGAGCCUCUUUAAGACACUUUGGGAAUAACGGGAAUGGCUUUGGGGAUGAUCCAGCUGCUGCUUCCUUCUCAUUUCACCAAAAUCCCCUUACAAAGGCUGGCUUGAAUUCUCCAGCUACUCACAGCUGUGCUGUAGAGGAGGAAAGCUGCUUUUGGGGGGCUAUUUUUGUAUGUUUGGGGUUGUUUGUUUGUUUGUUUGUUUGUUUUUUAUAACUGUGCAAAGUG